CCGAGGCGGGCUGGCUUGGGGAGCGAACCGCACUGUUGGCUUCGUCCGUCGGUUUCCAGCAGCGGCGCCAGCUGCAGCGGCGAGUGGGAGCCGUGAUGGCAUGUGUAGCACCGACGAUGUUAACGGACAACGGCCAACUUUACACCUGAGGAGCGAAACAGAACGGGAGACCCAGCCGGAGUCCCGAGAUUAUGUCCGGAGCUUGUUGUGCUGUGGAGAAAAGUUUAUCAGAAGUAGGGAUACAGUCACACCAGCGGCGGUAAUAUGGCGGAGCGCAGCGAUGCCAACACCCUCAGCAUCCCGGUGCCCAUUCGUCGAGGCGGCUCUGAGUCCAACCUGGAUGUGGUGGACAGCGUCGGACAUGACGGGGUGGGACUGGAUUUCACCAAGGGAGCGCUGGGUAUCGACAGCCUGCAGCAGAAGAUCCUGAAGGUGACGGAGCAGAUUAAGGUGGAGCAGGCGGCUCGGGACCAGAAUGUGGCUGAGUACCUGAAGCUGGUGAACAGCGCCGACAAGCAGCAGGUGUCGCGCAUCCGCCAGGUGUUUGAGAAGAAGAACCAAAAGUCGGCACACACCAUCACCCGGCUGCAGAAGAAGCUAGAGCAGUACCACCGACGCAUGAAGGAAAGCGAGACCAACGGCAAGCACAGCCACAAGGAUGGCAGCAGCAAGGAGUCUGGGACUCACAGUAAGGAGGGCAGCCUGCGGGACGUCAGCUCCUCAGGACGACACCCAGCACUGGAUAAAGUGAAGACGAUCGGGCCCGGCGUGUCGCUCUCACCACCAUUCUUCUUCAACAAGUCGCGGGAGUUUGCCAAUCUCAUCAGGAACAAGUUUGGCAGCGCCGACAACAUUGCCCACCUCAAGAGCUCCAUGGAAACGGGGUCGGGGCUCCAGGUGGAGGGCGGGGCGAGGGGUCUGAGCGGCAGUGCCACCACAGUAGCUAAGGCGACCAAGUACCAGAGCGACGAUGAGUGCUCCACCGGGACGUCUGCUUCAGCUGACUCUAACGGGAACCCAGCGGGGGGCUCCGGAGCAGGGUCUGGGGGUCCUGGGAGGUCGGACUCCAACGGGCGUCUUGGGGAGGUGCUGGACAUGGUGCGGGAGAUCAGGGAGGCUCAGGGACAGCUGGCCGAGGACAUGGAGGCCAUGAAUGCACAGUUCAAACGAGACUACAGCUACUUCACGCAGAUGAUGCAGGAGGAAAGAUACAGGUAUGAGCGGUUGGAGGACCAGUUAAAUGACCUGACAGAGCUCCACCAGCACGAGACCAGUAAUCUGAAGCAGGAGCUGGCCAGUAUUGAGGAGAAGGUGGCUUAUCAGGCCUACGAGAGGGCGAGGGACAUACAGGAGGUCCUGGAGUCGUGUCAGACUCGUGUGUCAAAGCUCGAGCUCCAGCAGCAGCAGCAACAAACGGUUCAGCUGGAAAACACCGACGCCAAAGUGCUGCUGGGCAAGUGCAUCAACAUCAUGCUUGCGAUCGUCACCGUGAUCCUGGUGUGCGUUUCCACGGUGGCGAAGUUCACCGCCCCGCUGCUGCGCAGCCGCCUCCACCUGGCGCUCACCUGCGUGGGCGUGUCUUUGUUAGCGCUGCUGUGGAAGAACUGGGAACAUUUGCAGUGCGCUUUGGAACGAUUGCUCCUCCCGCACUGAUGUAGGAGGACAAAUGAGACCGGAAAACCUUGUCCAAAUCCUGGGUCCAGGUCUCCAGGAGGUGUGUUGUCAUGGCAACACAAAAACUGGGGAGGAGUUUACAUGUAGCCUUACACCAGCCCGAGCUGCACAGCCAUUUUGGGCUCCAUGGUGACUUGAUUUAUGGCUUCGUGCUUUGCAUGUCUAAAUGGGGUCCUCACAGAUCCGCAGUAAGUCCAAACCAACAACACACAGAUGUAAGCUGAUAUAAGUUAUAACAACGGAACAGAAGUGUGAUAAAGCUCGACAACGAAUGCUGACUGUGCAAACAUAUGAACAUGGCACAGAGCUGCCAUAACCGUGAAUCACUACACUCAGAACUAUCAGACAGAAACACAGGGAAUCAGCUGGAAUCGAUCAGAUUGGAGCCAUAUUAUCGGCUCCUCUGGUUAUCAGGAGAUUCUGGAUCAUACCAACAGACACACACACACUGAAGGCUAAAUAUAUACAGGUGGGCUUUUAUUGCAGCGGGGAAAUGCAGUGAUUAUUUCCCAUCCUUACAGGGAAGUGCACCUGUUAAAGCACCACCUCACACCUCUUAAACAAACGCUCACAGGCUGUAUGUGUAUGCCAGUCGAUCAGUUUUGAACCUGCACAGUAUGCCUCCUUGUACACCAGCCAGCUGUCACAAACACAAAGACACAUCCACCUGAAGGUGCAUUUGUGCUGUGUGUCUGUACAACACUCUGCUGUAUUUAUGUGAUGUUUUUUUCUUGUCGGUGUCUCGUUCACAAAAAAACAACUUUGAAGCCUGGGUUACUUGUCGUUUUAAACUGUGGUUGUGUUUGUGUCUGUCUGAGCGUGUCAGUCUGUGUGUUCAUGUAUUGUACGCCUACUUGUGUGUGUGUGUGUGUGUGUGUAAAAAUGCUGUUUUUUAAAGGAAUAGUUCCACAUUUUGGGAAAUACUCUUGGGUAGAUUGAUACUACUCUCAUUUCUGAACCCGAAAUAUGAAGCUAGAUUUUUAGAUUAGUCUCAAAAUAUGUCAUUGUACCUGAGUGUAGUGACAAUAGAGUGUAAAAACAUCAUUUUAUUUCUUGGAUAGAAGCAGUAAUGUCAAGGUGUCAUUUUUAUACCUCUGAAUAUUCAGAUUUUAAUUCUCAGCAAGAAAUAUAGAAGCGUAUUUCCCAAAAUGUCAAACCAUUCCCUCAGAGGAAAGCUUGAACUGCCUCCUGUUUCCUUCAUGUGACAUCUGUUUUAUGUUGUUUUGGUAAUAGUUGCUUCUCAAAACAAUUUGAGGAAAUAAAAGACACUUAGUCCAUAAACUUGCUUUACUCAGUUCCAAAGACUGCAGCUUAAACAUCAACCAUCUAGCACGUAAACUGUGAGGAAGGCCUACCUGAGACCUGCUUUCAAUGCACAAAGCAGUGCUGACUCUUAAUAGAAGAGAAGCAGAGACCGUAUGUGACGAUAGAAAAAGCUCUGGAUGCCAGCAUGUUCGACUUUAUUGAAUUGCCUUUUUACGAGGUUGAGCAGAACAAAUUAGCUUCUGUGUGAAGCCUUUGUUGUUGUGCUGCAUUCAUGUCCAGUGGGAAUAACAACCGCGCUGCUCUGACGGUUCAAAGUCGGCGACUUGAAAGGAUUCCCACCUGUUGAAAUUUGUUUUAAGCCGCGAGUGAUUCCUGCCGCACAAUUUAAUAGCUCGUAAUAAUUCCUCUCAGCCUCCUCACACUUGACUCGCUCGCUCAGCUGGUAAGUGACUCAUUGGAGAUGAAACGAGCACCGAAAGUCCUGCCAUCGUAUUUUAAGAUUUGUGAACUGUAAUGACUUGGAGAAUGACGAUUGUUCAGUUUUGGGUCUUUUACUUGAAAUAAGUCAGUUUCUGUACUAAACCACCAAAAUGUAAGACAGCAGAAUUAUCUGUUCUGAAGCAGCAUGUACCUCGUAAUAUUGCCAUAAGUGGUAAUAUCAGUAUGAUAGCGACUGUUUUUCCCACGUGACAUGAACGCAGCAUCACAGACUGGACUGAGGGAACUGAACCAUGUAGCUCCAUGCUCCCUAACCCUGUAUCACUGUGAUGAUGAGGGGUUUAAGUGGGACUGAUGCCUUUUCAAUGCAGCUUAUUUCUUUUAUUGUGUAAGUCUGUAUUCUGUUUGUCCCUUUCAAAAAAGAAAAAAAGAAACAGAGAAAAAAAGCCAAAUAUGGAGAUUUUUAAGGCCCUUUAGCCUUUCUAAAUAACACUGAGAUGAUUUUUUCUUUUUGUUUUCUUACCAUUAGUCAUUGAUGUUUUUUUUCCCCCCACAUUUGCCCAAACACUAUUUCUGACUGCUCUUCAGGAGCCACAUGCACCUUCUCUGCAAAGCUGUAUUUGUAAGUCCAGUGUAUAUUUUCAAUUUUCUGUCUCUUCCAUGUGCAUUAGGUUCUAGUUAUGAGUUUUCCAUAACAUCAUUUUUUUUUCAGAUGAGAGAAAUAAAUCUUUGUUUUUCUAAGA